AUGACAGGGAUUGUAAUGGUGACAAAGGGAGGUGGAUGUGGUGGUGUUGUUGGUGGUAAAGGAUCAAAAGGAACCAAGGGGAGUGAAUUACAAGAUCAUCAAGAGCAAGUGCAGAGCCAGCAGCUGUCUAUGACGACAUUUCUGUUGACAGCUAUAAGGAAAUCUCUUGUGGCUUGCCGCAUUGAAGAUGGAGCAGAUGAUGUCAUCCCAACAAGCAGCUGCAGCACCCUCCAUAACAUGGACAUUAGCUGGCCCACUAACGUUCAACAUAUAACUCAUGUCACUUUUGAUCGCUUCAAUGGCUUUCUGGGUCUUCCUGUUGAGUUUGAGGUUGAGAUCCCUUGUCGAGUUCCAAGUGCUAGUGCCAGUGUGUUUGGUGUCUCAGCAGCUUCAAUGCAAUGUUCUUAUGAUUCGAGAGGAAACAGCGUUCCCACAAUUCUGUUGCUGAUGCAGGAUAGAUUAUACUCGCAAGGAGGUCUAAAGGCGGAAGGGAUUUUCCGCAUAAACCCAGAAAAUAGCCAGGAGGAGCAUGUGAGGGACCAGCUGAACAGGGGCAUUGUGCCUGAUGAUAUUGAUGUCCAUUGUUUAGCAGGCCUUAUAAAAGCCUGGUUUAGAGAGCUUCCUUCUGGGGUGCUGGAUGGGCUUUCUCCUGAACAAGUUCUGCAAUGCAACACAGAGGAAGAAUCUGUUGAGCUUGUGAAGCAGCUAAAGCCGACUGAGUCUGCAUUGCUCAACUGGGCUGUUGGUCUCAUGGCUGAUGUUGUUGAGGAAGAAGAUUCCAAUAAAAUGAAUGCUAGAAAUAUUGCUAUGGUCUUUGCUCCAAACAUGACUCAGAUGUCUGAUCCAUUGACAGCAUUGAUGCAUGCUGUACAAGUAAUGAACUUCCUCAAAACCCUAAUUACGAAAAUGCUGCGAGAGCGUGAAGAGACUGCAACUGGAGGAUAUUCACCCAUGUCAUCUCAUUCAUCUGGUCAGCAAACCGAUGAGGAAUUUGACAGUCAGCACGAGAUGGAUACUAGCUGUGAACUGAGACAGGCGCCAUCAGACUAUGAUGAUCAUGUCCAUUACGGCCCUGGCAGCGAAGGAGAAGAUGACGACGAUGACGACGCUGAGUCAUCAAGUGAGGUAGAAGAAUGCUUCUUGAGGCAGUUGGAUGAGGAUAAAAAAUCCACCUAUAUGUUUGUGGAGCAAUCUGCAAUUGGUCUACCAAGAGACUUUGCAGGUGCCAGCAGUUUUUCUGAGUCUAAAAUGGAGUCUGGAUUAUCAUUCACUGAUAGCAAAAAUGAAAAUUCCAGUUCCGCUUCAAGCGAUGGAGAAGACUCAAGGGCAAGUGUGAUAACUGUAGGACAAAAGAUUGACAUAAGAAGCCAAUCAAAAGGAUGCGAAGACACUGAUGAUGAUGAGCAGGUGAUCGACAAAUUAGCAGAGUCCGUUUUGAUCAAGCAGUCAUUUGGGUCUAGUGAAUCUGUUUGA